AUGAAGAUGUUAGCAUCUCGUAAAAGUUCUGAGAUGAUGAUAAAACAAGGAGAGAGCAACCUCAAUAUCAAAGGUGCCAAAGGUCUGCUGUGAUUGACCCUGAGGCCUCUGAGUUGGUAAGUUCUUGGUUUCCAACAUGGACAAUCUUACCCAGUCCAUCAGAACAUGCUGCUCUCCAGCACAGAGUGAGCAGAUAUUUCUUGAAAACCAUCAGAGAAAGAUCUGGUCUUGCACUGUUGGUUGUAACGACAGCAUAAAGAAUACGCUGAAGAGGCUUCUUACAUGUCCAGAAAAACUGGAUCUCUUAAGUACAUUUCUGAAGCCCACAAAAUAUUAUUUAACAAAGUCUCCAACUUUGUACCCGGACGUUGGUCAUUCCAGUAAUGGUGAGACUGACUUAUCAGACUCCAUUUCUUGUAAACCACUUGAUCAUUUCAUAACCCCCAGUGUGUCCUCCUCAUCCAUGAAUGAACAAAAAGGACAACGUGAGAGCCCAAAACCUCUCUCAAAAAGUAUUUACAAGACCAAGUUCUCCUUGACACCACAAAAGAGAUUGCCAGCCAGGUUCUGCUUUUGUUUAAGACAGAGGUGAUGGAGGAAUGCUCAUCUUCUGUUGAAGGGAGUGAUUCUGAAGUGUCUCUGGAGGCCAUUAUUUUUGAUUUAUGUAUAUACUGUAUUCUAUUCUACUGUAUUUUAGUCAAUGCCACUCCGACAUUGCUCGUCCUAAUAUUUAUAUAUUUCUUAAUUCCAUUAUUUUACUUUUAGAUUUGUGUAUUGUUGUGAAUUGUUAGAUACUAUUGCACGGUUGGAGCUAGGAACACAAGCAUUUCGCUACACCUGCAAUAACAUCUGCUAAAUAUGUGUAUGUGACCAAUACAAUUUGAUUUGAUUUGAUUUGAUAGAGAUGUCAAAAUUUUUCAAAAGACUGUAACGCCAUCUUUAUCCAUCUCUUCUCUGCACACCAGUUCUGCAGCCUCCAACAUCGUCAUAACCAUCGCUAAAGACCUUAAUAGCUUCACCCAGAUGACUAAAUUGUCUGAUGCUGUAGUGUCUGGCCAGUUAGAGAGACCCCUGUCAGCUUCAAGCCUUCCUGUCAGUGUUCACAACAGGAAAUAGCAUUUGGCCAGGCACUGUUAACCUUUUCAACAGUAUGUUAACCAAGGUCAAGGAAUAUUUUGCCCAGCAACAACUGUUCCCCCUAGACUAUGUGUCUGAGGCCCCCAAACAUGCUGAAUCUGCACGCAGAACACCUACUCCUACACAAAUGAGUGGCAGUGAACAUGAAGGCAGCCAGACCAGCAUGGUAACUCAUUCCAAACACUCUAAUGACAAUCCAGAGGAGAGUGUCCAUGUCAGAGAGGUUGAGGACCUCAGAGGAAGGUCUAUUGACUUGUUCCAUCGUGGGCUCCAUGUUGGAGGAUGUUGA